AUGACUCCGUGGUGGUAUACCGCUGGCAGUAUACUGCUGUUCUCACUGGGCGCAGCAGCAUCUUGGCCCUACUCGAGUUACAAGUCGAUCGAUUUCCAGCCUCCUAAGCUUCAAAUCAACAAAACUGGCUCCACGGAGCCUGGUUUUAUCUUUCUAGGUCCCCGUGGUGCUGUUCAGCCCGCUGGCCAGGCGGCCCUCAUCUACGAUAAUGAUGGCAACUUGGUCUAUGAGGGCCCCGAAGAAGUCACUUCCAACUUCAUGGUGCAGCAGCUAAAUGGGUCUGACGUGAUCACAUUUUGGUCUGGAGAUAUGAUGAGCAUUGGUUAUGGUUAUGGCACAGUCCAUAUUCUGGAUAACACGUACAAGGAAAUCUAUACCGUUACUUUGACGGGAGACUUCGUCACUCCGGAUAACUCAACAAAGGCUUCAUACAUCGAUCUGCACGAAAGCAAUAUAACUCCCCAUGGCACGCUUCUGGUUACCGCAUACAAUGUCACCCAGCACGAUCUGACUUCGAUCGGUGGUAAAUCGGCGGAGUGGAUGCUUGACAGCCAUUUCUACGAGAUCGAUAUUGCGACCAACGAGAUUGUCAACUCAUGGAGUGCACUGGACCAUGAGGACUCGAUCCCUCUAACCUCCUCUCACCAGAAGCUCGGCGGCACCGCGGGCACACAGGAGAACCCUUACGACGCCUACCAUAUUAAUGCAAUUACCCCCACUAACAACGGGUACCUCGUUUCCCUCCGUCAUAUGUGGUCUGGAUACUACAUCCACCCCAAUGGAUCUGUCAUGUGGCAAGUUAGCGGCGAAGAUGGUGCGGACUUCACCCAAGUGGGCAAUGCAAAUUUCUCCUGGCAACAUGAUAUUCGCGUCUGGAACGAGACCGACGAUAGCCUAGAUUUGACCCUUUUCAACAACGCCAACACCCCGACGAACAGCGAGAGCCCCACAACUGGUGUCACCCUUUCUCUUGAUCUGGCCAAGAAGACUGUCACCGGUCUUCGUUCAUUGAGUGAUCCAAGUGACCCUAUUCACUCAGUCAGCCAGGGCAGCUACCAACUUUUGAAUGAGACCAACGGCCACGUCUUCAUGGAUUACGGCUCCAUCUCGAAGGUCAAGGAAUACGACGGCAACGGAGAGGUUGUCUUCAGCGGUGUAUUUGGUCCAGACAAUGAUGUCGCUUCCUACCGUGGUUACCGCUUUGAGUGGAGUGCUGUCCCAUUCUGGAAGCCUUCUUUGAACGUCACACGUACCUCCUCUGGUGCGGUCGCUUAUAUGAGCUGGAAUGGAGCCACCGAAUACGACAACUGGGCUGUAUACUCUGCUUCAUCUGAAAGCUCUACCAAUAACCAACAGGUGAGCUCUGCUAAUCGCACUGGGUUCGAAACUGCCGUCACCUUGAGCAAUCUCACCACCAACUACAUUCAAGUGGCCGCUCUGCAGGGAAGCAAGGUCCUUGGUACAUCUGAAAUUUUCUCUUUCUAA